AUGGCGAAUCCUGUGCUCAAGCCGUCACCUGUAACCGCGGACGCUCCCAAGCCAGCGGCAUCCACGGUGACCAGAAUCAUCGACGACCGACGUGACGCUGUCCGUGCUCAGCGAAUUCCAUGUGAUGUCGGAGAACGGGAGCCCACUAAAAGUCAGCUUGGUCACACAAGCAGUGACAUUACUCAGCCUGAUCCUGCUGCCACCGCAGCCACCGAGCCAGCCGAGCCCGUACUCAAGGCUGCCACUGCUACAGCUCGCAGCAACUCAGAGUUCGCCCCCUCCGAAACCGAAUCAAAGACGUCGAAGCAGUCCACUUCGGUAGCACAGACACAGACGUCCACAGAGGAGCAGAACACCACAAACAAGACCUCAGCGCCGGAUCCGACUUCUCCACCAACAUCGAAUGUCGCAGCAGCGGGAAACGUUGGCAAGCGCCUACCAAAACCGACGGUACCCCUCGCACAGACGCUUGCGGAAAAGAAAGCCCUCGAAGUCGGAUAUCCGCCCCCGCGCCCUGGCGGCUUUCUCUUCACCUUCGCAACCAGCCCGCCAAAAGAUGACAAACACGAAGACAUCAUGACAAUGGCUUUACACUUCAUGACCAACGCUGAAUACCCGUCAACCCACCUCGUGAUCCGCAAUGGCGCCCAUCAAACUAAGCAGGACAAGCAUAAGCAUCUCACGUUCACAACGAUGGACUUUGGCGGCAACUUCAGAACUGCUCAUAUGUAUACCUGUGGUCGCAAGAAGCCAUUCUGGAGUGACCCUAGGAAGAAGAAAGGCCAUCCUAAAAUCCAGAAAGAGUGGGCUUUUAUGCCAUACUCGCGUACGGCGCUUCCAAGCGACGCAUCGUUGGAGGAGCUCAAUGAAGAGUUCCGCCAGAUAAGAGCCCAAGAAGCUGUCAAGUACCAGAUCGCUCGCUCUGCAUUGCACUCCGGCAAAUCGAUGCGGCGUUCAUAUGGCGUCACGAAACCCAAACCGAAGAGCGAUCCGUUGUCGAAGAUAUUUCGUGGCCAGAGCGGUUGUGCUUGA